AUGCCGCGCUGGAAUGAACACUGGGAGGCUGCUCUCUUUGAGCGUGCAGUAGUGCAUCCAUCGACAGGCCCGAAGCUCGGCGUCAACUACGUGCAGGCGAGUGCUCCCUCCACAACGGUUGAGCUGCAAACUGCGCCGUCGUCGUUGGUCGUCGGCCAGGACCUGGCCAAGCACGGCAUUGCUGGCGUCGUGUGGAACUGCGCGCGUGCAAUGGUGUCGUUCUUCGAGGCCGAGCCGCAGCUCGUAACGCAUCGACAUGUACUGGAGCUGGGUGCAGGCCCAGGCGCGGUGGGGCUGGCACUCGCAAGCACGGGCGACGUAUCUUCGCUGCUGCUCACGGAUCUCGAGAGCGUCUUGCCGCUGACCUGCUCAAAUGCUCGAGCUGCUGCGGCCCUACACGCUUCGGCGGCCUCACUCGCAGCCAGCGAACGUUUAGCUGUCCACGCGCUGUGCUGGGGCGAGCCUGCGGAUGCUGUCAUUGCCGGCCGGCAGGUCGACGUCGUGGUGGCUUCGGACUGCCUGUAUGAGUCAGCUUCCCACUCCGCUUUUCUUUCAACCUUGCUGGACGUGACAACCCCCUCGAAGCCCGGACAGCAGGACGAGGAGCAACCACGACAACAUCCCGUCGUGCUGCUUGCCUACAAGCAACGCCUGCCAACCAAGGAAAAGGUCUUCUUCGAGACGGCUGCCAAUCACUUCAGCAUUGCUGUCUACGCUGCAGACUCGAGUCCUUCGAGCUCCAGCAAUAACACUGGGGAUGCUAUUGAGUACAACGACGAGGCCAUUUACAUUUGCAAGCUCGAGCGUAAGGAGGGUGGCAAGACCGCGGUUGGAACACUACGACGAUGA